AUGGAUAGCAAAUUAUAAUCACAGAGUUAAAGUAAAAAAAAUAAAAAUAUUGGUUUGGUUUUAGGGUGUUAAAAUUCUUUUUCUUCUUCAUAAAUUGAAGGAGAGUCAUCUUAGGUUGAAAAAUAAUCUAGCACCUAGUUAUCAUUAGUUGCAAUUAAAGUUCAUAAAUAAAUUUUAAAAACUAGAAAAAAUCCUUUAAAGGGCUUCGUUAAAAGAUAAUUAGAGGUCUCCCCUAUUUUUACUAAACAGUUAAACUUUUCUCAUAAAUAUAUUCUUUUUGGUUAUUAAGAUGUUGAGACAUAUUAUAGAGAUUAUUCUGAUCCUUUUGAUUUUGAUUUAGUAGACUUAACCAAGCAAGGUAUAGAGAUAUAAUCAAUAAAGAAAUGUAUGAAAUAUGAUGAGUUACAAGUAAAUGUUAAUAACAAAACUUGCAGUGGAAUUACUAACUUUUAAUUUUUGAUAGAUCAUUUUGCAAAAUUUACAGAUUAAAAUUACAGAAAGCUUUAUUUAGAACUUAUUAAGUAUUAGAGUUUAACUACAUAGCUAAUUGAUCAUAUAAGCACUCUAAGAAUGAAAAUAUAAUCAAGGCUAAUACAGCAAGAAGAAGUAAAUAAUGCUCGCUAAUAAUUUUAAAAAUUUGUAGAAAACUAACUAAAUUAAUAAAUCAUAUAAGGUAAUUAUUUUUACGUCUAUCAGAUUUAUACUUUGGAUGUAGAUACAGUUGAUAUAAAGUUAGAUAAAUUAGGUUUUUCUUUAGCCUUUUUGAGCUUUAUGGGUAUAGAUUUAUCAGAAUGUGAAUAAUUAUUGCUCCAUUCAGGAUAAUCAUUUUAAGCUUCUUUUGGAGGAAUAAGACUUAAUGCAGUACUAGAGGAUUUAGAGAUGCUCAAUAGUGGUCUCGUAUUUAGAUGUAAAGAUACAACCAUUUAAACAAAAGAUUAAAUUAAAUUCUCUGUGAAAAAAGUAGAAGAAUUGAUUUUUUGGGAUGAAAGACCUGAAUGGGCAUCAAAAUACGAUUUCUUAAUGAUACUUUAAAAAGUAGAUUUAACUGCAGAAAAUAUUAAAUAUGUAAUUGAUGAAAGGCUAAAAAGAAAUUCAAUAGAUAACUCUUAUGAUAACAUAGAAAACCAUGUGUUAGAAUAUGUAAUUUAGAGUGAAGUAUUUUUAGAAAAGUUCUAUCCUGAAUUUUACAAGCAGUUCAAAGAAAAAAAAUCUGUAAAAUUAGAAAAUGAAAAUCUACCUUGA